GGGGCCGGCUUUUGAAGUGACACGUAGGCUUUUCACACACGUCUAUAGCAGAGGCGCACUCACCAAAGCACGAAAAUGGCGUCCAACGCCGCCCUCCUUUCUGCAAGCCCCUCCCUUAUUGCUGGUCCUUUCACCUGCCACAGCUGCAGUAAUCAAGCAAACACAAAGCUGCACGUUCCGCUCGUAGCACGGGCGAGAUCUCUUAGCCACAGCCUUGCUUCCACAUCUUCUUACCCACAAACAACAGCUUUUGGUUCCCAACAAACAUGGAUUGGUUCUGGAGGGUCCAGCGGUCACAGAAUAUCAAGGUUGCAGAGAAGUAGGUAUGGGGAGAUCCGGGCGGCAAAUGGUACGGGGGUGGCGACGGAGGCGCGUGAGAUGGAGCGAGUGGCGGCCAAGGAAGCGGUUUUGCUGGCGAUCCGGGAUGCGGGCGGCGUAGAGGCGCUCAGCAGCGGCCCCGGUUCUGCGCUAGGACGCAUCACAGUGAGCGAGAAGAUCCUGGCCUUGGAGCGGCUAAACCCAACAUCACGGCCCACAACGUCGCCCCAAUUAGAGGGCACGUGGGAGUUCCUCUGGGCCGGCGCCCGUAGCCCCGGCCUCGCUGCCGCGCGCCGCCUCCUGAGCCAGUUCCCCAGCCAGCUGGCGUCCAUCGAUUCGCUGACGCUCAAUAUCUUUGGCAGCAAGUCGAAAGCAGUUGCCACCAUCAAGGCGUUCUCCAGCCUAGUUUACAAAGUCACGAUUGAAUCCACCAUUCUCGUGGAAGGCAACUCCAGGUUGAAAGAGGCAUACGAGGAAGGCUCCAUAAGCGCUCCGUCAGUUGAUGCCGCUAGCGCCCCCUCGCAAGUCCGGCCCAUAUUGGACCAGAUCGCGGGCGCGGUGGCAGGACUCCCCGCGCAGAUCAAGAGUCUGGUGGAGGGCCCCCUGACGAUUCCCCUAACGAACACAUACGAGCGGCUGCUGCUGAUCACGUAUCUUGAUGACGAGUUGUUGAUUGCGCGUGACCCUUCCGGCGUUGCUGACGUGUUGGUAAGAGAGAACCUUGUGAACCCCGACGAUCUAGGCAGCGACUCGUAUGUCGGGGAUGUGUAUGUUGCUGAUGGCGAGUACGUCAUCUCCGAUUCGUAAAAGCAGGCCUCUGAAUUCUGCACAUUUUUUUUUCGCUUUUUGCUGUAGAGUCAAUUUUGCACGCGGAGACAAAAUCAGGGCUUGAGCUUCAAGGACUUGGACCGUCAGCAUCGUUAGGACGAUUUUCGAGCAUGUGCUGCUACUCUGGCAGUGGAGGACGGUUGCCUGGAAAGCAAGGUGCAUGGCGGACCUUUUGACGGCAUAGGCAUGUGUGUCCGGUCAUGGUCUCGGUUUUGCCAAAGACUUGUUGAACUCUCCGGCAUAGUACUGACGGUCCAUCAGUGAUUGAGCUGUAACAGUUGGACGUACAUCUCUUCCACUCGCAAACGAGUACGUUGGCUGUGGCCGUGCCGGCGGCGGUGACG